AUGAAUAGAUUCAAAAGAGUGUUUAAAGAUAACUUGAUGAUGAUGAUUGUGACUCUAUUGGUGAUGUUUCAGAAUAUCUUUGGAAAUGGCAACAUUUUAAUAGCUGCAUUGAUCGGACUUGUUUAGGUUUUAAGAAUUAUAUUAUGUUUCAUCACUUAAAUCAAGGAGUAUAUUUAAUAUUUUGAUUUGAUGUAACAAUGGAGUUUGCUUUUGGCCAUUUAUUUUGGCUCAAACCAUUGCUCUAUGUAAGUGUUAGCAUUAUGCAAUACCAAAGAGUUCUUUAAUACAAAAAUAAAUUUAUAAACGAUAUAACUUAAGAAGCUAUUGAUUGUCCAUCACAUAGUUUCUGAAGUUAUACUAUUUAUAUUAUGCUCAAUCAACAGCGUAAAAGAAAUUCACCUGUCGAUUGUAGCGAUUUUACUUCAUUGGCUAAUUUUAUUUUAUAAUUCCAAACAUAAAAAGCACAGGAGGAACAUUGAUAGUUACACCUAGGGAGAGAUACCUGACAAAAUUGUGAUUGAUAGUGCAGGCCAUACGAAUAAUCAUUCGAGAGUCAAAUUCCAAGACAAACCAAGUCACAAUGACAGUCCCAGAGACAACAAAUUGGAGAUCCUAAGCAUCUUCCCUCAAGGGAUAGGGCUAUUCAAAGUCUGUGAUAAGAAACUAGAAUUGGAAUAUCAUAAUGAAAAUAUGUUGAAGUUAUCUACGGCAGAGACAUCUGAUGAGAUUCUAUAGAAAUUAUUCCACUUGGAACAACAAUAAAUAACCGAUGUUUAAUAAAAGCAGCAAUAAGAAUAGAGAAAUUCAAUGAGUUCAUUUUCUACAUUUUAGCAAACCCCAAUUCCAUGUAAUUUCAUUCAUAAGGGUUCUCGUAGCCAAAGGAGAUCCCAAACCAAUUAAUUAUAAACAUCUCAGAAAAUAGAAAUACUAAGACAAAAUUCAGUGUUGAGUUCCCUAGAAAGCAGAGGAGUCUUCUUAAAAAAAUGUGAUACCUUGUGUGAAGAAACAAUCUUGGAACAAGAGAUCAGAUUGCUGGCUUAACAACUAAGUAAAACAGAAUUUCAGAGCUAGAUGAAGAAUUCAAAUGAACUAAUUCAGGAACAUAUUGCAAUUUAUGGAAACUAGAAACCUUAGGAUGGCAAUAGAAAAAGAGUAAUCGAAGUGAAAUUGUACAAUGCAUUAAUCAGUGACACACCCUAUAUUUUGAUGUUGAUAAGGGAUAUAACUCAUCGAGAUUACAUUUAAGCCUUACAAGAAUAUAGCAAACAGAAAUCAAAAACAUUGUCAUUUGUCAGUCAUGAAUACAGAACUCCUUUGAAUUGUAUUAUAGAGAUGUUGGAAUUAGGGAUAGAUGAAGAAUAAAAACAUUAAUCACAGACAGUAAUCAUGGAAAAAGAGUGCAGGAGAGUGAUGAAGGCUAAUUAUCCUAUAAAUAUAAAUAAACAAAUAAAAAUUGCUUUGGACAAUGCUAAAUACUUACUAAAUUUAAGUGAUGAUUUAUUGGAUUUGGCUCAAAUAAAAGUUGGUAAAUUUAAGAUCAAUAAAGCCAAAUUUAAUUUUAAUUUAUUACUUGAAAGUUGUGCAGAUUUAUUUCAGGUUACAGCUGAAAAGAAAUAAAUAAAAUUAUUUAUAAAUUAUGAAAGCAAGGCUCCAAGGUUUAUAUACUCUGAUUCAAGUAGACUAAAACAGAUUAUGAUCAAUCUGUUGGGCAAUGCAUUCAAAUUCACAGAUGAUGGAUCAGUAACCAUCAAGGUUUCAUUCAUCAAUCAGAAAUUAGAUGUGUCAGUCAUUGACACAGGCAUAGGUAUCACAGAGGAGGAUCAAGCAAAAAUAUUCUAAGCUUUUGGUAAAGGGAAUAGUGAAGAACAUAAGAAGAUGAAUAAAUCUGGGGUGGGCCUAGGAUUAUUAAUCAGCAACCAGAUACUUUAGAAUUUGAACUAGGAUUUGCAAAGCGGUCUAAAAUUUAAAUCUUAAUAUAAGAAAGGCUCCAUAUUCUACUUUCAAAUAGGAUAUUAAGACUUAAAUGAAAUUUAAUCAUUGAACAGUUUGGAAGAACGUAAUCAAGAUAGCGAAGAGUCUAUAAUUAUGUAACAAUAACAAGAGGAAAGCAUCCAUAAAGUAUACGUGCACAACCACAUCUCAAUAUUCAAAAGAUCAACCAAAGCUAUUAUGACUUUUCAAAUAUUGAUUGUAGAUGACACUUGUAUGAAUAUCGAAAUGAUGAAGUUGAAACUAGAUAGAUUAGGAUUUGAUUCAGUAGACUCAGCAUGCAAUGGGUAUUCUGCAAUAGAGAAGUGUGAAAAAAAAUGGUAAAUAAAUCAUGAGUUUUAUAAAUUGAUUUUUAUGGAUUUGGAAAUGCCAAGCAUCAAUGGAAUUUAAACGACUAAGAAAUUGUUAGAAUUAUCCUAGAAAUUCGGAAUUAAUAUCACAAUAAUAGGAUGUUCUGCGUAUGAAAGCAAUGAAUAGAAAAAUGAAUGUUUACAAGCCGGUAUGAAGGAUUACUUAACCAAACCAAUUUAAAUAAAUGAUCUCUAAAGAAUAUUGUAGUAGUAUUUAUGA